ACACUUCUCUGUGGGUGACGAAGAAGAAGACGCCGGAGUGAGCGUCCCUGUUUCUAAUCGAUAUUCGUAGCCUGUUUUUGUUUUCUUUGUCUCUUACCAUCGUCUUUUUCGCUGCCGUCCGACUGUCCUCUGGCGUCAUGUCGAGCUUCCAGCGGCUCCAAGCAGCCGUCAACGAGCGUCUGCGCGCGGCCGCAGAGGAGAUCUUCCAGGCGGUGAAAGGCACCAUCGUCGGCCUCGAGGACGAGCUCCUGCGCUCCAGACUGGAGCUCGAGCGACACCAAAGACUCGUACAACACAAAGAUGCAGCGCAGCCGUCUGUGCUGGUGCCGCACGAGCUGCUGCAGGAUGAGGACGAGGGCGAGGUGUGCAAUCGCGACUGGAAAGCGCCACUCGAGCAGGAUCCAACCGUCGGCGAGCAGGUUAUGAAAGCCGACGAUAAGCCGAGCAGCUCACGGGAGCCGCAGGCGCCCAUGCAGUGUGGCCAUCACCAUGAGGUGGCGCACCAAGAGGAAGUGGAGUGUCAAGGCGACAUCGACACCGCUGACGACGACAAAGCGUCUUUAUUAAACACGCAGGGCCAGGACAGCGAUGAGUGGCGGCAGCCCAGCGAGAGCGACGAGCCCAAGAAGAAAACCACGCGGAAGGCCAAGGCCGCCUUCGGCUGCAAAGUUUGCGGGAAGAGCUUCCACUCCGUCAUCGCGCUGGCCAAUCACAUCGAAGUGCACCCCAAAGACGUGUGCGGCGUGUGCGGGGAGCGCUUCGACUCGGAUGAGAGCUUCGAGGGUCACGUCAAGACGCAUAUGAGGGGCAACGUGUGCGACGUGUGCGGCAAAGGUUUCGGCACGGCAAAGGCUCUGGAGAUGCACGCGCACGUGCACACGGGCGAGAAGCCCUUCGAGUGCGGCGAGUGCGGCAAGGCCUUCAACUGCCGCCAUAACUUGACCAGACACAUGCGUCGGCACACGGGAGAGAAACCCUACGCCUGCCACGUGUGCGGCCAGCAAUUCAGCGACCACUCCACCAGGAAACGCCACCUGCUGGUCCACGAGAGCAUUGCGGACGGAGCGCCAAUCGAGCGCCAGGCAAGCGGGCAACGGCCCAAGGGUCGCGUGGUGUGCGUCGUGUGUGGUAAAGGCUUCCACGCUAUCAUUUCUCUGGUCAACCAUGCCCACGAACACCACACCGACUGCGGCGUGUGCGGCGCCCGCGCGGACGACCUGGCGGCGCACCUGCGGACGCACGACAGCGGCAAAGCGUGCCACGUGUGCGGCAAGCGCUUCGACAGCGCCCGCGACCUGGACACGCACAUGCGGGUGCACACGGGGGAGAAGCCUUUCGUGUGCAGCGAGUGCGGCAAAGCCUUCAACUGUCAGCACAACAUGCGGCGCCACAUGCGCACGCACACGGGUGAGCGGCCCUACGCUUGCGACCAGUGCGGCAAGCUCUUCAACGACCACUCGGCCAGGGUGCGCCACCUGCUCACGCACCAGAAGAAGGAGAAGUUGGAGGGUCGCCGCCCGCCGAAGAGAAGCCCCGUCAUCUGCGUGGUGUGCGGCCGCAUGUUCCACUCGCUCGUCUCGCUCGUCAACCAUUCGGACAGCCACCUGACGGACUGCGCCGUGUGCGGCGUUCACGCCGACGCCGGCAACCAGAUGAAGGCCCACCUGGCCACGCACAGAAACGGCAAAGUGUGCGAGGUGUGCGGCAAGUGCUUCGAUGGCCGCCGGGAUCUGGACACGCACAUGCGGGUGCACACGGGCGAGAAGCCUUUCCAAUGUAGCGAGUGCGGGAAGGCCUUCAACUGUCAGCACAACAUGACGCGACACAUGCGCACGCACACGGGUGAGAAGCCGUACGCGUGCGGCGUGUGCGGACGGUGCUUCAGCGACCGCUCGUCUCUCAGCAAGCACAAGGACAUACACACAGGCCAGAAGGCGCACCAGUGCCAGGUGUGCGGGAAGGCCUUUUUCCGCAAGGCCAACCUCAGACUGCACAUGAAGUGCCACGGGGACCAACGGUGACGCCAGCCACAGCGUUCUCCUGCGUUUUCACAUCUUUGGGGGUUUUGGGGGCCCCACCCAUCUGGAUUUUUUGAGGCUGCUUCCAAUAUUUGGCAGAAUAAACUACUGAUAAAAUUAAA